AUGGCGAGUGGUUGGAGCCCAGACUUCUUGCAGGCCUCCGCCGCCUGUCUCUGGCAGCAGCCGCUGCUGCAGCAGCAGCGGGGGCUACUGCAGCAGGGAGUGCCGCAGCAAGGCGAGCAACAGCAGCAGCUGCAGCAGCAGCACCUGCUCCAGCAGCAGCAUCAGAGAUGGGGAGAACCAGGGGAGCAGCAGCAGCAGCAGCAGCAGCUGUUGCCGUUCCUUGCACAGCAGGAGCAGCAGCAGCGGGAAGGUGCUGCAGCAGCUACUGCAGGAGCAUUGCAGCGGACGGGCGGGGCCGCGCAGCAGCCCUUGCAGCAGGAUCAGCAGGAGCAGCAGCAGUUGCUGCAGCAGCAGCAGCAGCAGCAGGAAGAGCACAGGCGGCAUCUGCAGAGGCAGCUAAUGCAGCAGCUGCAGCCGCCUGAGGGUCUUCACUGCGGCCCCGCCGGUAGAUUAGCGCUGAAGCAAUUCUUUGAACGUGCCUACGUGCUGUCGCGCGCCCCGCUAUCAGCAGAACCUUGUGGGGUGAGAGACCCAAGGGUAUCUGCUGCCAUGCAGCAGCAGCAGCAACAGCAGCAGCAGCAGCAGCAUGGAGCUCUGCGGCCUGGUCUUUCCACCCGAGGCGGCGCGAGCUGCCCCCCAGCAGCAGAAGCAGCAGCAGCAACAGCAGCAGCGCAGCAGGACGGCCGAGAGUGCACAGAUGGCGUUUGCGGCGUUGAUGGUGGAGCAGCAGCAGCAGCAGCAGCAGCAGCGGGAGCAGCAGGAGGGUGUUCAAGGGUUGCUUCAGCAGGAGGGAGUUCAGCAGCAACCACAGCAGCAGCAGCAGCAGCAGCAGCAGCAGCAGGUGUGGGCUUGGCUCCUGCAUCUCCAGCAAUAAUCGCUUGCCGCCGCUGGCAGCAAACGCAGGGCCUGGCUGACCGUCGUGCUGCUGCAGUUGUCUCUCUGCUGCAGGCGUUAGGUCUCCCUAGGAAUCAGACUUAUAAAGAGCUGUUCAAUUUCUUUUUGCUUCCGAGGGUGCUGCAGCGGGUGCAGCGGCUGGCAGCAGAACUGCAGAAGGCGAGGAAAGCAGCAGCAGCGGGAGGCAGGCAGCAGCAGCUCGUGCUGCAGCAGCAGCAACACGCAGCAGCAGCAGCAGCUGCUGCUGCUGCUGCUGAACCCGCAGCAGGACGCAGAAGGCUCUCCGUUGAUGCGGGAGGCGGUGCAGCAACAGGAACAGCAGCAGCAGCAACAGCAGCAGCCGCAGCAGCAGCAGGGACUGCAGUAGACUGCGUCUCUGCUGCAGCAGCAGCAGCAGCAGCACGAGCAGCAGCAAUAGAAGCCGUGCUGCAGCGAGCAGUUAGGGAGAUCACCCCAACGUUUCAGGUGCGGCCGCUGCAGCCGCUGCUGGCGGCGCUGCUGCAGGCGCUGCUGCCGCAGCAGCCAGAUCAGCAACUGAUGAAGCUGCUGCUCUCUGGUUCUGCUGCUGCAGCAGACUUCUUAAAGGUAGCGGCGCUGCCUACUCGUCAGUUGGUGUGGCUUCACCAGCCUUGGCGCUUUCAUGAUGAGGUGUCUGUACACCUCGAUGCAUGCGCUGCUUUGCUGCACGUCGAUGUUGCUGAUGCGGUGCUGCGGCUCGUCUCUACACACCCAGAUACAACCGCCUCCAGUAGCAGCAGCAGCAGCAGCAGCAGCGGUAGCAGCAGCAGCGGUGGCAGCAGCAGCGGUAGCAGCAGCAGCGGUAGCAGCAACAGCAGCAGCAGCAGCAACGUGGCGCUGCAGGUGCUGGAGCGGGUUGACCUGCUGCUGCAGCUUGUUGCAGGUAACAGGUGUCUGUACAGUUUGCUGCUGUCUAUUUUGCGUUUGAAAUUUCUUCAUUCGCUGCUGCCGGUAGGUAGAUUUAGAAUAGCAAUUAAAAAGACAACCGGCAGCAGCAGCAGCAGCAGCAGCAGCAGCAGCAGCAGCAGCAGCAGCAACUUGCCGGCCUUCUCUCCCAACCCGGACGUCUUGGAGGCAGCAGAGUCUGCUGCAGGCGGUGCAGCAGCAGCAGCAGCAACCGGCUGGGGUGGCGGGCUUGGGGGGCACUUCAUUCCUAUUGAGAGCAUUGCGCAGCAGCAGCAGCAGCAGCUGCAGCAGCAGCAGCAGGGUACAGAAAGGCAUGCUGCAGCAGAAACAACUCCUCAGUCUUGUAGCGACGUAUCCCUUGCACAUGGCGGGCAGUCGCCUGCUGCUGCUGCUGCUGGUGCAGCAGCAGCAGCAGCAGGAAGAGAAGCGACAGACACCCCCUCUUCUCUCAGCGGCCGCGAGGACCUUGAAGGUGCAGACAGCUCUAGCAGCAGCAGCAGCAGCAGCAGCAACAGCAGCAACAGCAGCAACACGUACGAGUGUUCCGGCGUGAAGUGUGAAGCAGCAUGGGGUACUCUGCGUUUGCUGCUGUUUGCUCGCUCUCUCUUUUUAUAUAAAGACACCGAAGCAACAGCAGCAGAUCCUCAGGCAGCCCUGGCCCAGUUUGCUUUGCAUGCGGCACAGGUUGGCCUAGAGGAUGAUGACUCGCCGCAAAUGCAGCAGCUGCUGUUUGCGCGGGAGCCCAAAGAGGAGCUGCGCAGCUGCAGGGUCAAGGUAAUUCUAGCUGCUGCUGCUGUUCUUGCUGCUGCUGCGUUUGCUGCUGCUGCUCCUGCUGCAGCUGCGUUUGCUGCUGCUGCUGCUGCUGCUGCUGCAGUUGGUGCUUCAGAGCUGCAGCUGCAGCGGCUGUCAAGCGGCGAUUUGCUGGACGUCGCGCUGCUGCUGCUGGCGCCCCCGGUGCUGCGCUGCCUGACGCGGUGUCUCAGCAGCAAACUGCUGCAGCAGCAGCAGCACAAUUCUUUCUGUUCUCUUGAUGAUGAUGCUGCCUCACGCCACUUCCUCGGCCUCACGCUGCUUGGUCUCUCUGCUCCUUACGUUGGCCUGAUGAAGUUUCUGCUGGAGUCGCCGCCAACUGCUGCUGCUCUUGCUGCAGGCGCCCAGCCGGGACUGCAGCAGCAACAGCAACAACAGCAGCAACAGCAGCAGCAACAGCAACAUCAGCAGCAGCACCACCAGCAGCGGUCUAGCGGAAGGCCCAGCCAUUCUGACGCUGCUGCAGCUCCUGCUAGCAAUAGCAGCAGCAACAGCACUAGGAAUGCUGCUGCUCAGGAGGCGGCAACGCCAGCAGCUGCUGAAGGGGUUGGUGCAGCAGCAGCGGCAGCAGCAGCGGGCGCUCGAGAGUUUAAAGGCAGCAUAUUUGAUGAUGAGACAGAACAAGAAGCUCCAGCUGCUUCGCCCCCCGCACGGCCAGCAGCAGCAGCAGCAGCAGCAGCAGCAGGGCCCGUCGGGUUUCCACCUGUUCGCCCGCAAAGGGGUGCUACUGGGCAUUCGCAUGCAGACGCAGCAGCACUGCCUCCUCCUGCUGCUGGUGCAGGGAGGAGCACUAGCAGCAACUGCAGCAGCAGCAGCAGUAGCAUGAGCGGGUAUCUUCGCUCGAAGCGGUCUCUCUCUAGCAGCGAGCUGCCUCCCUUGGCGCGGCCCCGCAGUGGCAGCGUCGGUGAGCAGCAGCAGCAGCAGCAACAGCAGCAGCAGCAGCAGCGACGGCAGCUGGCGAUCCCUCUGUCUCGUGUGCUGCAGCACUUAACGGAUGGUGCUGCUGCUGCUGCAACUUCUCGCGUAUUGUCUGUUGUACAGGGUUGCUUCCGGCAGCAGCAGGCAGAGGCCAGCGCAGCAGCAGCAGCAGCAGCACCAACAGCAGGAACAGCAGCAGCAGCAACAGCAGCAGCAGCAGCAGCAGCAGGACGAGGGGUUGUGAUUGGAUAUGAGGCUUCGCUGCUCGCUCUCUGCUGCCCCACAUCUUUUCUUUCUGCUUAUCUUCCUUCGUUUGGUGGCUAUGCUUGGUCAGGGUUGCUGGCGAGCUUAUUAACUCUAUUUGCAACAGAGCCGCAGCAGCUGCAGCAGCUGCAGCAGCAGCAGCUGCAGCAGCACCAGCAGCAGCAACAGCAACGCAUUGCUGCCCUAGCCAAAGCCAUACUCAAACAGCAAGAACAGCUGCAGCAGCAAGCAAUACCCCCAAAAGACUGCAUGCAGCAGACGCUGCAGCUUCUGGCGAGAUGUACGCAUGCACUCAACGCAGCAGCAGCAGCAGCAACAGCAGCAACGGCUCCAGCUGCAGCAGCAGCAGCACCAGCAGCAACUCGAGCAGCAGCAGCAGCAGCAGAUACGUCGGAAGGGCUGCGCGGCGCCUCUCCUGCACUAACGGCGUUUAGUGCUGCUGCGGACGCUGCAGCAACUGAAGCACCCAACACCGCAGCAGCAGCAGCAGCAGGAGCAACAGCAGCAGCGGCAGCAGCAGGAUCGGCGAAGGGAGGAGGUGCUGCUUCUCUUGCUGCUUGCGCUUUGUUUUGCUCGAAACUUCGGGUGGCGCUGCUCUCUGUUUGUGAUGAAGACGUCUGCCGCAGGUUGCUGCUGGCAGCCAACAUCGAGCUGCUGCUGUGCAGACUGCUGCUGUUGUGUCUCCCAGGGACAAACUGCGGCAGCCCAAUCCACCGCCGACUGCUGCAGCACCAGCAGCUGAAGUCUGCUGUUGUUAGUGAUGCUUUGAUUGUCUCUUCUUUAAAGAGGAAGCAUAGACAAGCAGCAGCAGCAGCAGCAGCAAAACAACAGUCUGCUGCUGCUGGGGAUGCUCCUCAUGCUGCGGAUGCUGCGGCUCCAGUUGCUGCGGUUGGCGCCUCGCCGGCAGCAUCAGAGACCAGCGAGCCCCAGCAGCAGCAGCAGCAGCAACAGCAGCAGCAGCAGCAGCAGGAUGCGGAGAAGAGCAGCUUUAUUUGUUCUGCGACGGUUGAAAUUGGCUUUCUGCAGCUCUUUGAAAAAAAAGAAACCGUCAGAUUGGCGUUCCUCCCAGAAGCAGCAACCCGUCGCCUGCUGGGCAUCCCUCGGGCCAUUGCUGCUAUAGAAAGCCUGAAAAGGUUAGCGGCAGAUCGAUAUGCUGCUGAGGGAUCUUAUUCUGUAGUGGCUUCGGUCUUCUCCGCUGCUGCUGACACCGCACUGGAAUUCUUGCGCCGCUCUCUAUGA